CCGGCUCCGGCCCGCAGUUCGAGCGGCGAGAGCGCCCGGAGACGCGACGCGGUGCCGAGGGGAGCGAGCCGGCGCUUCAGUCUCCUGCCUCUCCCUUCCCCUCCUCUCGCCGCCCUGUCCUGCCCGCAGCCGGACCGGAACUAUGUGAUCCGGAAGUUCCGGUGCCAUUGCUGUGUGGGAUAAACAGUAAUGGCGGAGGCUGCAGCUCCCGGAACAACAGCCAAACCAUCAGGAGCGGCAGCGGCGGCGGUGGCAGCGGGCUCCCCCACCCCUGUCCCCACAGUCACCUCCCCGUCCGCGGGGGCGGGGGGCGGGGGAGGCGGCGGCGGCUGGACUAAACAGGUCACCUGCAGGUAUUUCAUGCACGGGCUGUGCAAGGAAGGAGGCAACUGCCGCUACUCACACGACCUCGCCGACAGCCCGUACGGGGCCGUAUGCAAGUAUUUCCAGCGAGGGUGCUGCAUUUAUGGAGACCGCUGCAGAUAUGAACAUAGCAAACCAUUGAAACAGGAAGAAGCGACCACUACAAACCUAACUGCAAAACCACCCCCCGCUGCUUCCUCCAGUCUCUCAUCGGCGGUGGGACCGGCCGUUGAAAUGAGUACGGGCAAGGCUGAGUCCAGAAGUUCAAAUUUUGCAGCUGUAGGAGCAGGUUCGGAAGACUGGGUGAACGCCAUCGAGUUUGUUCCCGGGCAGCCUUACUGCGGCCGUACUGCCCCCUCCGGCACUGAAGCGCCCCCACAGGCCUCAGUGACCAAGGAGGACUCGGAGAAGAAGGAGCCACCGUCCGGGCACACGGAGCAGCAGCUGUGCCCCUACGCGGCAGUCGGAGAGUGUCGCUACGGCGAGAACUGUGUGUAUCUCCACGGAGACCCCUGUGACCUGUGUGGGCUGCAGGCCCUCCACCCCGUGGACGCGGCCCAGAGGUCACAGCACAUAAAAUCUUGCAUCGAGGCCCACGAGAAGGACAUGGAGCUCGCGUUCGCCGUGCAGCGCAGCAAGGACAAGGUGUGCGGCAUCUGCAUGGAGGUGGUCUACGAGAAGGCCAACCCCAGCGAGCGCCGCUUCGGGAUCCUCUCCAACUGCAACCACACCUACUGUCUCAAGUGCAUCCGCAAGUGGAGGAGCGCCAAGCAGUUUGAGAGCAAGAUCAUAAAGUCCUGCCCCGAAUGCCGGAUCACAUCUAACUUUGUCAUUCCAAGUGAGUACUGGGUGGAGGAGAAAGAAGAGAAGCAGAAACUCAUUCAGAAAUACAAGGAGGCAAUGAGCAACAAGGCGUGCAGGUAUUUUGAUGAAGGACGUGGGAGCUGCCCAUUUGGAGGGAACUGUUUUUACAAGCAUGCGUACCCUGAUGGCCGUAGAGAGGAGCCACAGAGACAGAAAGUGGGAACAUCAAGCAGAUACCGGGCCCAACGAAGGAACCACUUCUGGGAGCUCAUUGAGGAAAGAGAGAACAGCAGCCCCUUUGACCACGAUGAAGAGGAGGUUGUCACCUUUGAGCUGGGCGAGAUGUUGCUUAUGCUUUUGGCUGCAGGUGGGGACGACGACCUGACAGACUCUGAAGACGAGUGGGACUUGUUUCAGGAUGAGCUGGAAGACUUUUAUGACUCGGACCUAUAGCAGCUGCGUGCGGCGUGUGGAGGGGCCCGCCGAGCCCCGGACGGGCUGUCCCCGGGCAGCGGGGCGGGGCCCGCGGUUCUCUGCCGGGCAGGCCUAGCCACUCCAGGUGCUGUCGGAAUAACUUUUACCCAGGGCCUGUCUUCUCAGUUCCCCUCACCUUUCCCCAAGGAGUAUGUUGUUUUCUCUGGUUGGAAAAGUUACAAAAAUAAACCUUAAAGUUAGUUUUUUCCAUAACUUGAAUUUCACUGUCAGACAGCGUAGGUUUUUCGCAUCUGUUUUUGGCCAGAUUCCCACGCAGCGGGAGGGCGCUGUCGGUGGGCCCGCCCACACUCACUCUGAGGACCCCGGGUUCCGAAGUCUCACCGCUGGCCCUGCUCUGGUGUCCAAGAAUAGGGGUGACGGGUGAAGGAUCUGGACUGUGGCGAGUGGCCUUUGGCCACAGCCUGAGAAGGCGGGUACUUGAGGUUUCCGGGGCCGUCUCCCACCCGUGUGUUUAUGUCUGUUCCCUUCCCUGCGGUUCCCCACCCCGCACGCCCUGUGCACUUGUUCUGUGGUUUGGGUCUCUGGUUUCAUUGCACACAAGUAAUAAACUACUGGGUAACCAUAA